AUCAUUCUAUGUUUUGUCUCUAACUUUCCCUCCACCAUAUAAAAUACCCUCCAAAAAUCUGAUAAUCAAGUGGCCAUUUUCCUUUUGUUAUCUUCUAAAUGUUGCUUCCUCUUUACAUUCACUCAUUCUACUGUUCCUUUUAUUCUCUUCCUAAAAGGCUAAAAGGCUAAGAGUCCCCUGUUUAUCUCUUUAUCUGCUGAAUAAUAGCUUCAUCUGGGCAUAUAAAUAAUGACUCUUAUUGCUUACUCUUCUCCUUCUAAUCCUCCAAUCCCCAUUUCUUAGCAUCAAAUCUUUUGGCUUUCAUCUAAAACUUUAUGUCAUUCUCAAUUUCUCAUAUGAUGGGUGAUGGGUCAGUUUUCCCAUCUGUUUUAGACUUUUCUAUUAAUUGAAUGUUUUUGGUUUAAGAGUUCAGUUACAUCGAUUCUUAUAUCUUCAUUCCAAGAAAAAGCCUCACUCUUUUAGCUUUUCUACAAUUUUCCCAUUUAAGAGAACAAGUUCCCAUAUUUGCCUUUCUGGGCCUUUCCACUUUCACUUCAUAUAUCAUCUCUGUUUUUUUUUUUUUUUGGUUAUUUUGCUUGAUGGCAUAAUUUGAAAGCUUUGUGCUUGACUGAGUUCUUGUAAAAGUUGGUGUUUUCAGUCAAUUUCAGGGUUACAAUGCCUCCCUCAUACUUCCCACUUAGAUGGGAGAGCACUGGAGACCAAUGGUGGUAUGCAUCACCUAUUGAUUGGGCAGCAGCCAAUGGCCUAUAUGAUUUAGUCAGUGAGCUUCUUCACCUUGACACCAACCUCCUCAUCAAGCUGACCUCUCUUCGCCGAAUUCGGCGCCUUGAAACUGUCUGGGAUGACGAGGCUCAAUUUGAUGAUGUUGCAAAAUGCCGCUCUCAAGUUGCCAAGAGACUCCUCCAUGAGUGCCAAGCACAGAGGGGUCACAACUCUCUGAUCAGGGCUGGCUAUGGUGGCUGGCUUCUGUACACUGCUGCCUCAGCUGGGGAUGUGGGUUUUGUCAAAGAGUUGCUAGAAAGAGAUCCUCUUCUUGUUUUUGGAGAAGGAGAGUAUGGUGUCACUGACAUCUUUUAUGCUGCCGCCAGGAGCAAGAACUCUGAGGUUUUUAGGCUCUUGUUUGAUUUCUCAGUCUCCCCAAGAUUUAGUCUUGGCAAUGGAGAAGUGGAAGAGCGGUUGGGUGAUAUUACUUCAGAUUUCAAGUGGGAAAUGAUGAACCGCGCGGUUCAUGCUGCUGCUAGAGGUGGGAAUUUGGAGAUAUUGAGGGAUCUCCUUGGGGAUUGUGAAGAUGUUUUGGCUUACAGGGAUGCUCAGGGAUCUAUUAUUUUGCAUACAGCCUCUGGCAGAGGGCAGGUUGAGGUGGUUGAGUAUCUAAUAGCAUUCUUUGAUAUCAUCACCAUUGUAGAUAAUCAAGGGAACACAGCUUUACAUGUGGCCGCUUAUAGGGGUCACUUAGCUGUGGUGGAGGUCCUAAUUCGUGCAUCUCCCUCAUUAACCUCUUUAUCAAACAACUAUGGUGAUACCUUUCUACAUUUGGCAGUUGCUGGUUUCCGAAGCCCUGGUUUCCGGAGACUGGACAAACAGAUUGAGCUCACUAAGCAAUUAGUAUGUGGUAAUAUUGUGAACACGCUGGACAUUAUUAAUGUUAGGAACAAUGAUGGACGAACCGCUCUUCACAUGGCUGUAAUUGAGAACGUUCAAUGUAAUUUGGUGGAACUCCUCAUGACUGUUCCAUCAAUUGAUUUAAACAUCCGUGAUUCUGAUGGUAUGACCCCACUAGAUAUUCUCAAGCAAAGGCCAAAGUCAGCAUCUUCUGAACUUCUGAUCAAGCAAUUGAUUUCAGCUGGAGGGAUCUCCAAGUGUCAAGAUCAUAAAGCCAGGAGUGCCCUUGUUUCCCAUUUGAAAAUGCAGGGUAUUGGGAACAGUCCUGGGACCUCCUUCAGAAUUCCUGAUGCAGAGAUAUUCUUAUACGCAGGCAUUGACAAUGCUUCUGAUGCCAGUUGUGAACAGUCAAGUGUGCAAUUCUCAGGCGAGCUAAAUCAGUUUGGAUCAGCCAACUCAGUAAACAAUAAGAAGUCAGGUUCUGUAAAUUACACGGCAAGGCGCCUUAAGUUUCUCCUUCAAUGGCCUAGGAGGAAAGAAAAAAAGGAAUCUAUCAGAGACUUAGGUGAUGGUGAUUCUUUGGAGUCAUUUAGUACAUGUAUAGAUUUGGACGACAAUCCAAUCCCACUUCGGCAGAUGUAUUCGAAAUCUUCCUCCCUUCCAAACAACAAAAGGACGCUAUCUGUCAGGAGUUUUCUUCCAAGCCCAUACACUAAGAUGAAAUUUACUGCUGGUCUAACACAUGGUGUAAUUCAGGCAAAGCCUCAUUUAGCUUUUCCAGCUCAUUCAUUUUCAAGUCCUCUGUCAAGGUCAUCUAUGUCUUCACCUACUUUCAUUGACAAAGAGAAGAGUGUUGACAUUCUAGGACCCUCUUGCUCAAAUGGGAAAGCGUCACAAGUGAACUUCAAACAGAGUGAGUUCAACAAGAAGAUAAUAAACCAAUAUUUGUGUGUUGGCGCGCAAGGCCUGGACAGGGAAGAAUCAAUUAGCUGCGCAUGGUCAAAUCAGAGUUACAAACAUUCCACUUCUCUAGUUGCUUGAUCAGACUGUACAAACGAGUUGGUGUUCUUCCUUAGACCUAUAGAUAUAAUAGAAUUAUGGUGAGUUCUCAAAAAGUUCUUUUCUUUAUAGAUAUGGUUUCUUUCUUUCUUUAUCCUUUUCUCCCCUCUUUAGAUCACAUGUUUUAUAAUAUCUGUUAAGUAUAUGCAUAGUUGCAUACAAGUGUAAAAGCUGUCUGAAUAAUGUUAAAAAAAAUGUUAUGAAGGGAUGUGUGUUUGGCAUAUUUGUAAACCCCAAUACCUCUUGUGUUGUAUGAAUUUUGGCCCUUGCACACUG